CCGGGCGGGGCUGCCGGAGCGCGUGGGUCCUCAGGUCAGGUCAAGGGGUCGAAGGUGCAGCGCGUGAUCCAGGAUCCUAGCAGGCCCCGAGCAGGAGCAUGGCGUCGUCGGGGUCGGUGCAGCAGCCGCGGCUGGUGCUGCUGAUGCUGUUGCUGGCGGGCGCGGCGCGGGCCAGCCUUUACUUCCGUCCUGGCCGGACCUGCUACCGGCCCCUUCGCGGGGACCAGCUUGCCCAGCUGGGGCGCAGGACUUACCCUCGGCCGCAUGAGUACCUGUCCCUGUCGGAUCUCCCCAAGAGCUGGGAUUGGAGAAACGUGAGUGGUGUCAACUUUGCCAGUGUCACCAGGAACCAGCACAUCCCACAGUACUGCGGCUCCUGCUGGGCUCACGGUAGCACCAGUGCUAUGGCAGACCGCAUCAACAUCAAGAGGAAAGGCGCGUGGCCCUCCACCCUGCUGUCGGUGCAGAACGUCAUCGACUGUGGCAACGCUGGCUCCUGCGAGGGAGGCAAUGACCUUCCGGUGUGGGAGUACGCCCAUAAGUAUGGCAUCCCUGACGAGACCUGCAACAACUACCAGGCCAAGGACCAAGAAUGUGACAAGUUUAACCAGUGUGGGACCUGCACCGAAUUCAAAGUGUGCCACACCAUCCAGAAUUACACCCGUUGGAGAGUAGGUGACUACGGCUCCCUGUCGGGUAGGGAGAAGAUGAUGGCAGAGAUAUACGCCAAUGGUCCCAUCAGCUGCGGGAUAAUGGUGACGGAGAAGAUGGAUAACUACACUGGAGGCAUCUACGCCGAGCACCAGGAACAGACCUCCAUCAACCACAUCAUCUCUGUGGUCGGCUGGGGCGUCAGCAGUGAAGGGGUUGAGUACUGGAUUGUCCGCAAUUCGUGGGGCGAACCCUGGGGUGAGAGGGGCUGGAUGAGGAUCGUGACCAGCACCUACAAAGGAGGCACAGGUGCCAGCUACAACCUCGCCAUCGAGGAUGCCUGCACAUACGGGGACCCCAUUGUUUAAGCAGAUGUCUCUGGAAGCAAUGCUGGAAACCAUGCCAGGGAUGGGGUGAUUAUUAACACUGGACAGCUAGAAACAGUGCUUGCAUGAGGACCAGAGUGUGGACGGCAGAAGCCAUCCCAAGAAGAGAUGGUUAAAGGAGGACCCACAUGUCCCCAUGGCCCUCAGGACCAGAGGCUGCUUCUGGCCACCUGGAGAAGACAGCUAUACAGUUCCAAUGUCGCCCUGGGAUCCAUGGAGAGGGGAACAAUUCCAGGCUGCCUAAGCGAUGAAUAAAGUAUGCGGUUUCCUCCAAA